AUGGCGACCAUGAAUGGAGAGAUCUCCGCGGUUGAGGAAGAUUUAGAGAAGUUAAAACUGUCGUCACCACGACCGACGAAAAACGAAGAUGGCACAAGAAACGAAAAUGUUUUCGAGCCUCACUUGUCAGGCUUCGAAACGAAAGAACUCUAUAAAAUCGCCCUUAAUUUCUACAAAGAAAAAGAGGGGAAGGCUGUACAUCUCUCGUACGAAGACAAAUUGAAAUUAGUCGCCUUCACUCAACAAGUAAUGCAUGGGAAGUGCACCCCCGAAAAUGCCCCGCCUUUGGGCGUUUUAGACGUAAUUGGUAGGGACAGGCGGUUAGCAUGGCAAAAUCUAGGAGACAUUUCAAAGGAACAAGCAAUGGAAGGCUUUAUAGUUUUAUUGGAUAAAUUGUGUCCUCUUUUUAAGACGGUCGUGGAGGCUCAGAAGAGGGAUAUCGAAGAGAAACAAAGAUUGAAGCAGGAGGAAGAAGCUAGAUUAAUAGAAGAACGGAAGAGGUUGAGGGAGCUCGAGGAGGAAAGGAAGAAAGUUGAAGAAGAAAGACUGAGGCAGGAACAUCAGAGGAGACUGAUUCAAGAAGCACUGAACCAACAGACAUAUUAUCAGUUUAAAGCAUACGCAGAACAACAAUAUCCUGGCAAUCCCGAACAACAAGGUGUUCUUAUUCGUCAGCUACAGGAGCAACAUUAUCAUCAGUAUAUGCAGCAAUUACAUCAGAACCAAUUAGUUAUCGAGGAACAAGAAUCAGAAAACAAAGAUCUCCUGCCUGAAAAUAUCAACAAGGAUAGCGAUAAAAAUACCCUAGAGUCAAACGAGACUACUCCGUUGAACGAAGAUGAUUCGGAUGACUUACAGCAAGACUGGCCCCCCAUUUCAACGGCUGAAAUGUGGACUACGAAAGGUGUAGAGGAAUUUAAGAAUACCAUUAGAAGGGAAGCUGGAGAUGCUAUUAUUAAGGUCGGCCAUGGAGAAACUGUUACCGUUAGGGUACCAACCCAUGAAAACGGCUCCUGUCUGUUUUGGGAAUUCGCUACCGAUGGCUACGACAUUGGCUUCGGAGUUUACUUCGAAUGGUCCAAACCGGAUACUACUCAAGUUUCGGUCCACAUCAGUGAGUCGGAGGACGAAGACGAAGAGGAUGAGGACUACGAUUCUCGAGAAGACUUAGAAACCGGGGCAAUAAAUGGCAAUACGCGGUCAGAGUACAAAAGUACCUCGCCGCCUAUCAGUGUGAUAGUACCUGUGUUCAGGAGAGACUCGCAGGAGGAGGUGUACGCUGGCAGUCAUCAGUACCCCGGUCAGGGUGUCUAUCUCCUUAAAUUCGACAACUCGUACUCCCUUUGGCGAAGUAAAACGCUUUACUACCGAGUCUACUACACCAGUCCCGGCUUCACGAAAAAUUAGUAUUUGUUAUCAAUUUGCAUUCUAUUUGCGUUUCUAACGCAUGCCCGUUCAACCGAGUGCUACGAUACGACUUUAUUACUUGCUAGUCCGACUCAAAAAAAGUCUCGUACCUUCUUAUUUCGGAUAAGACCAGGUGUCCGCGCUGCGAGAAAUAUAUUUAUUACAUAGAGACUUAAGGACACUUCUUCUUCUUUUUUUUUUUUUUUUAUUCUUUGGACAAAAGUGGCACAAGUAAGGAGAAAACACAUCGUAAAUCUUCGACGUUUGAAACGUGCGUUGGCGAUUUUUCUCUUAAGGUCUGCGAGCGAGCCUAAGGAAAGAUCUCGUGGCACAAUUUAUAUAUGUAUAUUAUGUAAUAUGUAUAUUGUGUAAUAUGUAUGUAUAUGUGUUAAUAGGAAGAACUGUACAACCAUUUCGGGCGGGAGCUCACGAUCCCGACCCGGAGUCACUAACGUAUUACCAUCAGUUACCGUGUAAUACUUUUAACCGACACUUUCUGUUUUCGAAAAAUAUAUCGCUCUGUAAAAAAGCUGCGCGUAUCGUCAUUCAAUCGGCAUACAAACGUGACUCUCGGAAGAAGCCCAAUUGCGUUUAGAAGAGGCCAAAACGCGUAGGACUUAUCCGCAGUCCCUCGCGGAAAGGAAAAUCCUGAGCUUACAUCUUAACAUUUAUUGUACAGUAACCAUAUUUUGCAUACAGCAAUAUAAUGCAAUAUAUAAUGUCCGUAAUAUCAA